AUGUUAUCCAGAAGAUUGACAGCCAAUAUUCUCAAUAAGAGAAUCACAAGCAUCAAACCAAUCAGUUCCAUAAUUUGUAGAACCAUUCAUCAAUCAACCCGUAUCUUAAAUGAACAACAAAAUCCCCAACAACCUCAACACCACCGUCAAGUUACAGUUGACCGUGAAUUCCCUGAUCCUUUUGCCAAAAAGAAAACCAAUCGUCGUUAUAUGGUAGUCUACGCAAUUGGAUUAACUGCCAUGCUUGCUAUGAUUUUCAAUUAUGAAAAAACCGGAUCUCCAAUUAUUACAUCCACCUUAUAUUUCGUGAGAAGAUCAAAAAUCGCUAACGAACGAUUAGGUGAAGGUAUUGAUUUUCUGAAUAGUUUCCCAUGGAUUAGUGGGCCUUUGAAUACUGUUAGAGGAAAUAUUGAUAUUGUAUUUAGUGUCAAAGGUGAUAAAGGGACCGGAAGAUUGAAAUUGAAAGCUACUAGAGAAUCAAAGAUGAAUCCAUUUGAUAUUCAUCAUUUCUUGUUGGAAAUUAAGGAAGAGGAUGGUAAGCUUGUUGAUUAUGAUUUGCUUAAGGAUCCAGAUGUGCAAUUUGCUCUUUAG